CGACAUAAAUAUGGCGCUGCCCGGAGACGACAACGUGAAAAAGAGCUGUACCGAUGGAAAGAGAAGCGCUUCAUAUAAGGAAACAAUACGUACAAAAGCAGAGCUUGUACUACAGAGCAGAAAGCAUGCUAAUGAGUUAUUCGACGUCCUGGAAUACCUACAGUCUGAGGAAGAAAAUGAAGUUAUUUUUGCUAUCAACGCCUGCCAGAAGAUAUUCUGUGCGUUGAUGGAAAGAGGUGAUUUGUAUGUUGGUCAGCUACCAAAAGAAAAAGAAAUAUUGGAAGGUGAUCGUGAUGUGGUAGAAAAGUAUAAGAUGUUUAUAAGGCACCGUUACAAUGAUUGUAUAGAACUGCUUCAAGACUGCAUGGACCAUGAGGCAUACCAAGUGAAGGAGAGUGCCCUCUGCGUGCUAAUGAAGUUUGCAGUGGUGGAAGGGAAGCAUUCUCUUCAAGAGCAGAACUGGAGUGAGCACAGCAACUUUCCUUUUGAGCUCAUAGAGGCAGUGGUGCAAGGUCUGCUGUCAGAGAAGGAAGAUAUGGCUCUGCUCAUAUCCAGGUUUCAGGAGUUCCUAGAAAUGGAUGACGUGCGAUACUACGUCAUGAGCUCAUUCCGCAACAAUAUCAACAAAGUAAUGAGCAGAAACCAGCAGGCUGUGCUGCCAGUGUACCAGAGUAAUGUCUUCACCCUACUCACAUCUAUCAACAUGCCCAGCCAGGACUCGGAGAUCACCAACUUCCUUCUCAAGCAGGAAACAGUUGCCAAGGACUGGAAAGCAGCCAAAUUAAAACAUCACAAACGCGCCUUUGAGCAGAUGUGGCUGACCUUUCUGAAGUACAAGUUGCCUGCUAGCAUGUAUAAGAAGGUGCUUGUCAUCUUGCAUGACUCCAUUCUGCCUUAUAUGAACAAUCCCACACUGAUGAUCGACUUUCUGACUGCAGCAUAUGAUGUUGGAGGAGCAAUCAGCUUACUGGCUCUGAAUGGCCUGUUUGUGCUCAUUCAUGAACACAAUCUAGAUUAUCCUGAAUUCUAUAAAAAGUUGUACAACCUGCUGGACCCAUCUGUAUUCCAUAUGAAGUACAGAGCACGGUUCUUCCACUUAGCCAACAUAUUCCUCUCUUCAAGUCACCUACCAGCCUACCUUGUGGCAGCAUUCAUCAAGCGACUAUCCCGGCUUGCCCUGACGGCGCCCCCUACUGCCCUCCUUAUUGUACUGCCCUUUAUUUGUAACCUCAUUCGUAGACACCCCUCUUGCAGAGUCCUGAUCCACAGACCCAGUGCAACUCAUGUGCCCUGUAAUGACCCAUAUGUGAUGGAGGAGGAGGACCCUGCACAGUGUCGAGCACUAGAGAGCAGUCUGUGGGAACUUCAGACCCUGCAGAGUCACUACCAUCCAGCUGUAGCCAAAGCGGCCAAAGCGAUCAACCAGCCAUUACCCGAGGCAGAGGAUGAACUGGGCAAGCUGUUGGAGCUGUCCACUUUUGAGCUGAUGGAGCGAGACCUGAAAAACCCAAGACAGUCCGUGCCUCUGGAGUUUGACCCAGCCAAUGGCUUGCUUCAGAGCCCCCGAGAAGUGGUGGGCAUGCACUUCUCUCUGGAGUAGAGCACCAUGUCUCGUGAAACAUGGAGAGCUUUCUCUUCCUGUGUCUCUUUUGUAAUUUGUCUUUUCAUGAUGUUUUAUGUGUAAUAAAUUAGUUUAUGUCCUGUAUGAAUAAAAAGAUCUUUUUGUGAACACA